CACCCAUACAGGAUUUGUUUUUAUAUGUUCCCAUGUAACGAGUUCUUUGAGAUCCAAAUAGGAUAGCUUGUUAAUCCCAUUCAUAAAUUUUGUUUUACUUCUCUAUGUGGCAUUGUCCUUUUGUAAGCAAACGUUGAUCCAAGCAUAAAACAAAACUAGAUUUGUUCACAUCCUUCGUGAAUUGUUUCUACCUUGUGAUUGUUGGAUAGUUUAUGGAUUUUCUACUCUGCGCCAUGAAAAUCUCUAAAGCGUUGACACUUACCUUUGCAGGAAUAAUAGUUGUCUCAUCUCUGGUGGUGGUCUUUUCUCCAUCCUCAAAAUCACCUCCUCUUAAAUCUUGGUCUAAGCGGCAACUGAUUCUCUACUGCGAAAGAAACAGUCUAAGCACGUCCGGCUCGUAUAUUGAUUUACUCACCCGUGUUGAGCAACAUCAAAAGUCUCGUGCUUCGACUGGAUAAGGAAAUUCAAGAAGAAGAUAUGAAUCAUUUUAAAUUCAUUGAAUCAAUCAUUUUGUAGUUAGCACGACCUUGGACUGAGGACAUAUCCAUUCAGUUCUUGCUGAUACGAAACAGGACUGUGUCCCAUCCACCUUUGUCGGAAAGCAAAUGAACCCCGGCAUAACAUUGUAUCCGCUUUUUCCUGAUGGCAAAUCAGAAAGUGUUUGUCUUCAAGAAAAAGCUGGGUUGCUGAACUGUCGAAUUGGUUUCUAUCUUUAAUUCAGCAUCUUCCUUCCGUGAGCUCUGGAAGUGUAGAUUUAAACGUAAAGAUACAUAAAUUUUGUUUUGGAACUAUCUGUAAAAAAUCGUUUCCUUCCAAACAAUCGUUAGGUAUUAUUGUUCAACUAAGGAAUAUCAGCUCAGUACACCAAAACUGCAGUAGAGUAUCCAUAUUGUAAUUUUUUUUCUUUUCCUUCGAUAAAUCUUGAGUUUCUCCUUUCCCAAAAUCUAUUUUUUUUUCUGCUUUCAACGUUUACUUCAUUUUGGCAUUUCCA